AUGGGUCGAAAGCUUGGACUCUUUCGGGCCAUUUACCUGGCGUCGGCCAGUUGUAUGGGAUCAUUUGCCUUUGCCUUUGACACAGGCGUCAUCAGCGGAGUCCUCACCCUUGAAUCAUUUCAGAGAGACUUUCGAUACUCUCAGUCGUCGAAAACCACGGUGAACUCCAAUGCCGUCUCUAUUCUCCAGGCCGGUGCUUUCUUCGGCUGCUUCCUCACCACUCCAAUUGCGUCUCGUUUCGGUCGUCGGUCUGGCCUGAUUAUUAGUGCCUUGGUAUUCACCGUUGGAACGAUCCUACAAGUCAUCAAUGCCCACACCCUUGCCACAUUCUAUACCGGUAGAGUCAUCGCUGGCGUCGGUAUUGGUGCUGCUACCGUGCUUAUACCGAUGUAUUCUGCUGAGAUGGCUCCGAAGGAGAUGCGCGGUCGACUCGGGGCAUGCUUCCAAUUGUUCUUUGCCUUGGGUGUGAUGAUAGCGUACUGGGUCACUUUUGCCGUCGCUGAGACCCAGCCGUCGGAAUCCAAACAAUGGCAGAUUGCCUUGGGCUUGCAGCUCCUGCCAUCCACUCUAUUGCUGUUGGGAAUGUCCACUGUCAAGGAGAGCGCGCGAUGGCUUGCGAUUAAGGGUAAGAGAGACCAAGCGUGGGAGUCGUUGAAAUGGGUCCGAGGCGGAGAAGAAACUCCGGAAUUGCAACAGGAAUUCGAUGAGAUCCUGGCGGGUAUCGAGGAGGAAGCUCGUGUUAAGGACAGCUUCACCUGGCGCGAGUUGCUCCUACCGGCAAACCGAUAUCGGCUGUUUAUUGCUGUCACAAUUCAGCUGUCAGCGCAGCUCAGCGGAAAUACGUCCCUCGCAUACUACGCUACUCAGAUCUUCUCCGCUGUCGGCGCCGGUAGCUCUGCCAAAUUAGUGACAGGCUUCUUUGGCGUGGUAAAGGUCGUGGGUGUCAGCAUAUUCCAGUUGUUUGUCAUCGACAGAAUUGGAAGAAGGGUGCCCUUCAUGGCCGGAGCCUUUGCAAUGGGCUCGUUCAUGCUAAUCAUUGCGUGUGUCCUAGCAACUCAUCCUACAAAGUCUGAUGGAGACAAUUCGGGAGCGACGCCGGCAGGAAUUGCCAUGAUAAUCAUGGUGUAUGCCGAGGCGUUUAGCUUCAACAUGUCGUGGGGUGCUUUGCCAUGGUUGUACGUCGGCGAAAUAUUUUCCAGUCGAUUGCGCGAGGUGGGCGUGACAGUUGGGGCAGCAUCGCAGUGGCUGUUCAACUUCAUGAUGUCACAGAUCACGCCACAUGCGAUUGAGAAUAUCGGAUGGAGGAUGUUCCUGAUGUUUGCUAUUUUCAAUUAUGCAAUCGUGGUGUACUCGUUUGUAUUCCUGAAGGAGACACUGAAGGUCUCAUUGGAGGAAAUGCAAGGUGUCUUUGGGGCAGAGAACCAACAGGGUGCGAAACCCAACGUGCAAACAGAGGAGAACGCGAUAAAGUGA